GCCGAUUUGAAAAUCGAAAUUUAUAUAUUUUAAGUAUACUUUGGUCAACGUAGCUUACCUCAUUAUAUAAUUAAUGGAUCAAGAAAAUCAAGAAUCACCGGAGCAGAAAUGGCGGGAGGAGGAACGACCUUGGAGUAUACGCCAACAUGGGUGGUUGCUCUCGUCUGCUCCGUCAUCGUCUCCAUCUCUUUCGCCGUCGAGCGUCUCCUCCACCGUGCCGGCAAGCACUUUCGGAAGAACGAUCAGAAGCAGCUUUUCGGGGCAUUACAGAAAGUAAAAGAAGAACUUAUGCUACUAGGGUUCAUAUCGUUGCUCCUAUCAGUAAGCCAGUCUAAAAUAGCAAAGAUUUGCAUACCAAAGGACUUGAGUGAAAAGUUUCUCCCUUGUAAUAAACCAAAAGAAGAUAAGUCCCUCAAAGACACCACCCAUUUCCAGUUCAGCUUCACCGGCCGUCAUCUCCUCGCCGAAGAUUCCGCUACCGGCGAAUACUGCUCCCAAAAGAUAAUGCAAUGGAGAAAAUGGGAGGAUCAAGUUUUAGAGGAGGACAACAACACAGACAAAGUGAUCCAGAAGAAAUUCACACACGUUAGAGAACACGAAUUCAUCAGGGGACGAUUUCUUGGUGUUGGAAAAGCUGAUGCUUGCUUUGGAUGGUUGCAAUCAUUUAUGAAGCAGUUUCUUGCGUCAGUCAAUAAAUCAGAUUACAUCACGAUGAGGCUAGGCUUUGUCACGACUCAUUGCAAGACCAACCCAAAAUUCAAUUUCCAUAAGUAUUUAAUGCGUGCCCUUAAUUCCGAUUUCAAGAAAGUUGUCGGUAUCAGUUGGUACCUUUGGGUAUUUGUGGUUCUCUUCUUGCUUCUAAACAUUGCUGCAUGGCAUAUUUACUUUUGGCUAGCUUUUAUUCCUUUGAUUCUUUUGCUUGCUGUGGGGACGAAGUUGGAGCAUAUCAUCACAGAUUUGGCUCAUGAAGUUGCAGAGAAACACAUUGCUGUGGAAGGAGAUUUAGUGGUCCGACCAUCAGAUGAUUUAUUCUGGUUUCAAAGUCCCCGGCUAGUUCUCUUCUUGAUCCAUUUCAUUCUUUUCCAAAACUCCUUUGAAUUAGCCUACUUCUUCUUUAUACUCGUAACAUAUGGUUGGGAUUCUUGCAUCAUGGAACAUGUCAAGUUCAUAAUUCCAAGACUCAUCAUCGGGGUAUUGGUUCAGCUUCUCUGCAGUUACAGUACCUUACCGCUCUAUGCACUCGUCACUCAGAUGGGAAGUUCAUUCAAAGGUGCAAUAUUCAACGAGCAGACACAACAACAGCUUGUUGGAUGGGCAAAAAUGGCUAAAAAGGGAGUGAAGAAAGGGACAACUCAAGCAGCAGGCACCAGUCAUGGUGGCAGUCCAAACCCUCUUGCAGCUACUCCUUCACCACGGUCUGUUCAGUUGCAGUCGUUGCUAGGAAAAGGCUCGUCUCAACAAAACCAGCACCUUGGGGAAACACCAGAGAUUGUUGAGGAGAAAGAUUAACAAAAGCUUCCAUCAGACAAAAACGUCUUGGGACUUUGUUUGAUAUCUAAAAAACUGAUUUAACAGUG